AUGGAGCAAGCUUGCGAACUCCGCAACGGGGAUGUGAUUUUCGGAGAAUUCGCUCGAGGUGCCUGUGCGACUGCCUCCUGUCGCCUAGGUUGGUGGUUGGGAACUACCUUUGCUUUCUCACAGCUGCCCAUGGCACGCCAGUUCUUGCUUGUCCUUGCUGUUGGCCUCAUGCAUGGUGGCCAGUCUUCGAGCCUCGGGGCCGGUGCUCUGUUUCUCUUGCCGUCAGCGGCGGCCAUGAUUCAACGGGCACCUGCAGCCCCCUUGGCAACCCCGGCUAUCCCUGCUGCCACCGUUAACCGAGCCACCCUCACUUUGGCCAAUCCCUUUGCGCCCUGGCAACGCGUUGAAGUUGACCCCAGUAAUGCCUUUGAGGAUGUCAUCGCGGAUGCACAUCACACACUGACGUCGUGGCAUCGGGGGUUCGCUGAAUCCGGGUUGGUGUCCGAUGGUUCGCAUGUUCUGGUCCCGAGACCAGGAGGGAGGCUUGCAUGCAUACUGGUUUCGGGUCUAGGGCAGCUCAUUUGUGUUGUCGUGCCCUCCUUUCUCACCCCCCGCGAUUUAACCCAUGCCUUGCAGCUUCGCUUUGGCCGCCGGGUAAGUGCACACCUCUCGCCCGGACUGGCAGCGUCAACCCGGGACACUAGACCUGUGCUAGCCUUGCGAUCAGGUGACUUGAUAGCAGUCCGGCUUUUCCAGUCGGACCCUUCAGCAGGGCCACGCGAGACGCCCGUCUUCUUGACCUGGGGAGCUGCACAUGCCGCCUCAGCAUGGCAUUCUGACUUUAUUGUCGCUCACGCCUCCUGUGUGCUGCUGUGGUCACCCAGCCGACCCACUCGGGUCGCUCUCCUCCGACACCAAGCGCGGUGGAAUGCUGCAGAGGCCACCGUUUGCCAACACGAGGAGGCCUUGGGAGUCCACCGUUGGGCGCCCUGCCACGGACACCUAGGGACGCCACCCUGGCUUGUUGAGCAAGCCACUGCUUUUGGGCGUGUGAAUAUCAUUCAGUCUCGUGGCUCCACUAGGAAGCCAGUGUACGCGACGGUGAUUGGUGGGUUCAUUCCCUUGCAGCUGGAUUGUUUGGGCGUCGGCUGCCUGCGCUGGCCAGACUUCUGCUCCUUGUGUAUGGUUUCAGUGGGCAAGCCUGGGCUGUGUCCUCCGGCUCCUCGGGCCGAUGUUCCAGUGUUGACUCUUCGGAAGCUCGCACCAUUCGCACCAGGAUGCCGCCUCGGCGGAGUCGCUCCCGUGAUCGGGACAGCUCUCACCGCCAUUUUCCUGCGCGAGUCGAUUUCAGCAGUGGUGAACCUUUUGUCCUGCAGGCGGGGUGGCAGCCCGAUUGUACUGACGGUCAGCUUUGUUUUGCCCGCUGCUUUCCAGGUCCAAGGACCAUGGUCCCUGUUUGAAGCUGUUGGGUCCCGACACUGUGGUACCUGGGCAACCCGCUUCUUCCCUGUCCGUGCUGCGUUUCCGUUCGCCCAAGUUACGCUUGCCCCGGUCGCUCCUUUCGGGAUGGCAAGUGUAGUCUUCCACACCCUUAGUGGCACAGCCGUUGCCUUAGCGUCGGUUGAUGCGUCUCUCGAGGACAUUCAGCGGCUGGCCGCCCGCCUCAUUCCCAGCACACGGUUUUGGGUUGUCAUUCCGCCUCCUUCCAUCCGCGCCGCUCACAUGCACACGCACAUCCGCCUUCGCAACGGCGAUGCGUUUGGCUUUCUGCCUGACUCUACUCAACCCGGUUCUACGCGGUUCCCUGCUCUGCACUACCCAUCCCUUGAUAGGGCGCGGCAGGUUGCCAGCUGGUCGUUGUCUUUCAGGUUCGACACAGGCGGCCCCGUCACCCUGUGGACAACCUCCAGCCGUUCUGGCCAGCUGGUGUAUGUACGCGACAAUGCGUAUUGGGAUCCUCUAGGCCCCACAUUUCGAAGCUUAGGUGGAGAGACCCUAACAGGCUCCUGGGUACCAGUCCUUACGGGUGACCUGUCGGACCUGCAUCUAAUGUCCCGCACCUCAAUUUCUGAAGCGCAUGUGCUCUUUCUCCUGCCGCCAGAGCAGACACCGGUAGGGGUCUUCCUAGCGGGCUGCAACACCCAUCGCAUCCCUUUGGGAUGGCAACUGUUACCUGCCAUUCGUUAUGUGCGUGCUGGUAGCACGUUGCGGGACGGGGACGUCUUGGUUGUUGCCCCGAAUGCUGAUCUUGUUUGGGACCCCUUCAGUAUACGGCCUCCCAGUCUAGAUGAUGCUCAGCCGCUGAGUGCCCCGCACACCUGGCAUCAACCUCUGACCUCUGCCUCGCCUGGCCCCACGGUUCUGCUUGGCGUUCUCGCGGUUUCGGUUGGUCGCGCUCCCUGGUGGUUAGGGCUAGCCCUCGGGGUUGUGCUGGGGUCUAGCAUGGUGCCUUCUUACGAGCUCCCCGAUCCGCCCAUCCGAGUUGGGCUGUACCCCUGGCGCGCACGUCCAGGUGAAGGCGACCUUCUUGAUCUUUCGGCCCGACCUGAAUUGGAUAUUGUUUUGCUUAGUCCUUUCACAGGGCCCCGGGAGGCCGGUCGUCUGUAUACCUCCGCUGCCGCUACUGAGCUUAACACCUUGACGCAGGCCUGUGAGCCGGCCUGGGGUGCCGACGUUGUGCCCGUCUGGCCGACAGCCGCCCUUCCUGCCUUGUUGGUCGUGCCGCGUCCCCCUGAUCCCAGCCUCGUGUGCCUGGCGGUGUCCUCUUUGGAUCGGCAUUUCUCUGUCUUGAUCCCCUGCUCCUCCACUCUGUCAUGGUUGGGGGAGGCUCUCCGUUUUCUUCAGCCAUUACAGGCGCUCUCCCUGCGGGCGCCUAGUUCCUUGGCCGCGUCGACGCCUCCUGACGGCGUUAUCAGAUGGCGUUCGGGUGAUCUUGUUGUCGCCCUGCCUCCGGCAGCCUUUGAGCCUACUUACCAGCCCCCGUGCUUCCACACUGAUGCGCAGGUUCGGCAUUGUGCUGUCUGGGCAGUCGAUUUUUCGGUCUCUGUCCGGACAAAUUUUAUACUUUGGCGCCCUGGGGUCCGUGCAAUCCGGGGACAUGCACCCGAAGGGGCCCAGUGGCGGGCCCUCGACUUUACGUUUGCUGGGGAAUUCUGUCAACACUAUCCUGGGCGUUGGGUGCCGGUACCAUGGAUUGCCCAAGACCAUGCCCAUUUAGUUGUGGUGUCCGAGGACCCGACAUACGUCAAUGUGGUCAUUGAAGCUGACGGUAAGUGCUGGUGUGCCCCAGUAACCGCCGCGACGGACGCCUGGCAGUUAUGGAAUGAUGUGCCCUCCAUCUCCACUCAGCCACGAGUCCUGGGUCUUUCACACCAGGAACUGCGCCAAGGCACUGUCCUUCGCAAUGGUGACGUUGUGUCAGGAGCUCCCCAGGGCGCCCUGCCUUCAGGUGGCGUUCGGGUUCUCCUCGCUUUCUUUCUCUCUGUCCGAUUUCUACCAACUUUCCCGAGCUCCUUGGUUCUGAUUGCUGGCUUGUUUCUCGGCUGGCAUAAUGAGGCCGCCGGUGCACGCCACCUUACCCUCGCCGUUGGCCUCGCGGCCACCGGAUUGCGCUACGCCGGGGUUCCCUUACCGCGGCUGGGGAACCUCGCCGUGGUGGAGCCUUGCCCUUUUGGCUUGCCGCCCCGGAGCCAGCUGCGAGGCGAUGUCCUGUACCUCGAGAGUGCUGCAUGUUUUCUUUGGCUGCGCCAGCCGCGCGACUGUGAGUGGCCUUCCCUCCAGCAUGCUACCACCUUUGCCUUCUGGGGGCCUUGCGGGAUGGUGAUGAUUUCGGCACCCGGACUGGCGGCCUCCCUGGACUUGGGCUAUGGCUCUGCGGAGUUCUGCAGACCACCUGUCCAACCGCCCAUGUUGUGGCCCACUCUGCUCUUUGACAUCUAUGGGCGAGCUUGGGGGGCGGGUCAUCAUUAUGCCGGCCUGGCCGCACAUUACUUGGCUAGGCACUUGCUGGUGAGCAUGCCUCCCACGCUCCCUCCCUGUUACCACUCGGGCUGGCUCCGUUUUUCGGUCUGGCCCGGCGGAGUGCCUGAUGAGCUGUUUAUCGCCACUGACGGCAGUGGCUUGCAAGCGGGAGGGUGGGCCUUCGCGGUGUGGGCCCUCUGGAAAAAUACAUGGUUUCGUGUGGGGUGUAGUCUGUCUGCUACCCCAUGGCUCCCUACUCCCACUGCCACUGCCACGGACCUUCGGUCUUACCUGGGAGAGCUUAGCGCCCUUGUUUCUGCUGCGGCCUGGUUCACUGCCUGGUGGGAUCACUUGAAGCUACAUACUGGCCAUGCGCCUGCUCGGGUUACGAUUGCUGUCGAUAACAGUGCGGCGUUACAGGUGGCCGGGGGAUUUGCCUCGGCUACUCUGCCGCACGCCCGUGUUUGUCGUUCACUCUGGCAGGCAAUUCAAUCUCGUUGCACCACCCAUUUCCGUCAUGUGCCCGGACAUGCCGGUGCCCUGGUUAAUGAGAUUGUCGAUGUCCUUGCUGGUUAUGGUGCGAUGCAUCCUUGGUGCGCUUCCCCUGGGUGGUGCCGGCUGCCUGGGACGUUCGGGACCACCCUUGCUCAAUGCGCACCGGUUCUCUGGCUACUUCCGUCCGCUCAGCUGGGCCCUGCUGGCCUCUUUUGGGAAUCCCCGGCUUGGGGGGCACCCAGGGACGCACCUGAAGCAAGCAGCCCUCCUGCUAUGCCUGAAUCUCAGGCGAAAUCUGAUCUGGCGAAGCCAACUCACGUUUGUGUUAGGCUUGUGCAAGCCAACAUUCAGACUAUCAAGGACGUCGCUGAAUCCUUCUUUAACCGGGAGGGUCAUGGGCAGCGUCGCAUCUACAUUGCUCAACAGCUCCGAUCCCUAGAUGUACACGUUGCCUUCUUACAGGAGUGCCGUAGCCGGCCAGGACGCUGGUCCUCACAUGGUUUCCUCAGCUUCCGGUCCGGCGCAGAAAAGGGUAUGUUCGGCGUUGAGAUCUGGGUUAGACCUGAUGUUGUGUCACCCAAGCUCGAUCUCGAUGACUUUCGCAUCCGGUUUGCCAGCCCGCGGCUGCUGUUAGUACAAUGCCAACGUUCGGACUUUCCGGUGACCUUGGUCGCGGCUCAUGCACCGCACGCUGAACGCCCGGAACAUGAAAUUCGGCGCUUCUGGCAAGACCUGCGAGUCCAGCUUCUGCCGGCAUGUAAUCGGGGAGUCGUCCUGGCAGGCAUCGAUGCAAAUGCAGAUUUUGUGGGACGUGAUGAAGAAGAGGUUCUGGUCGGUGACUUAUUGUCCCUCCGACCUGCUCGCUUGGCCGAUGACUUGCUUCUUGCCUGCCUGCAUGACACCUCUCUUGCUGCCCCUGGUACUUGGGCUGAAACCCAUUCCGGCCCUUCAUGGACCUGGCAGCAUACCGGCGGUAAGGUCCAACGGCUUGACCACCUGCUUGUCACUGGCGGUGUCGUUGUUCGUGGCCAUCGUCAGUUCCCUGAACUUGACAUCCUGAACGGGGAGGCGCGAGAUCACAUGCCCAUUACGGCAUGUGUCGAGAUAUGGGGGAAGACCGGACGCCGCGUUCAUCAAAGGUGCCCCUACCCACCCACUUGCGGUGACCUUGUCUCGCAGCAUGUUUGGGACACCCUCGCCCGCUCCGGUCCAGGAUCUGGCUCCACCAAAGUCCGUCAGUUAUGCACUGCGCACGCUGCAGCUGUCCGACUGCUGCCGGCGAGACCUCCGUUGUGCCGGCGCCAACCCUACCUCUCAGAUACGGCUGCCGGUCUCCUUGACACCCUUCGUGAUGCCAGAGCUGAGUUACGUCGUCUCGCUUCUCUUCAGCGACAGCAGCUCUGUGCACUUGCCUUCCAUGCUUGGCACGGCCGGCCACCACCAGCUCCUGCCCGGCGCUGGGAACGCCACCAGGUGCAGAUGCUCGUGGCCCACUUUGCGCAUGUCUGCUUCAAACUGCGAGCUCAGGCUCAUGCCCAGGCCCGGAUUGACAAACAGGCCUAUUUUGAAUCCCUGCUUGUCGGAGCUAUCGAUCACUGGCAUGCCACGGGUCGCCCUCUUGAGGCUGUUUCCAAGCUUUCAUGGGCGUCCAAAGGAGCUAAGCAGAAGCGCGAUGUGCGGGCCGCCAGUGGCUUCAAUAUCGAUGCUGAACUGCAGUUACAGUUCCAACAACAAGAAGGAGGACGCCCCGUGUCGAGCGCGCAACUCAACAGCGCUUUUGUCAAAUGGGCUGACACUGCCCGCCCAGUUUGCCCGGCAGCGGUCCCUUCCCUUCUGGACGUUGAACACAUGUGCCGUUCCCAGAAGAGAGGCAAGGCCCCUGGGCCGGACCACAUCCGUAAUGAGGUCUGGAAAGCUUGCCCCGACAAAGCUGGACGAUGGUUAUGGCCGAUUUGGCUUCACCUCGCGUGGGGAGAGGCUGAGCCCCUUCAUUUCAAAGCCUCCAUUGUUGGAGCCCUUCAUAAGAAAGGCCCGGCCCACCUGCCCUCCAAUUUCAGAUCCAUUGCCAUGCUUAAUGGUGUUGCGAAGCUUUGGCACUCUCAGUUGCGAGCUACGCUCGGUCAGGAAAUCAUUGCUCAUUACUUCCCCACACAGCUCGGCGGGCGGCGUGGGGUCGAUACUGGCCUUGCGCUGGGCGUCUUUCGCUCGGCGGUUGACCUCGCCACUGUACGCCACCGAUCAUGGGCUGCCUUGUUUGUUGAUAUCCAAGCAGCUUACUAUGAGGCUGACCGUAUUUUGCUCUUUGAGGGGCGUGACCUCGAUGAAGCGUUGCAAGGGCUGCGCCUGCCGGAACAUGUCCACGGCCUCAUCCGAGAUGGGGUCCUCUCUGGCUUAGGUGUCCCGCCUGACCAGAUCGCCCUGCUCAGGGAUUGCGUUGAAUGCUCCUUCUGGAGGUUGGUCGGUCAGCCCCAGGCUAUUAUGGCCAGCCGUGGAUCUCGGCCGGGUGACGGUUUGGCCGAUGUUCUCUUUGGCGCGCUUUUUGCAGUCAUCCUUCAAUGCCUUCACCACGCACUCCGUGCUGAAGAUAUUGUGCAUGCAUCCACCUCCGAUGCGUUGGGGAACCCUGACACCGCGCUUCAAAUUGCUUGGGCAGAUGACCUUUGCCUGCUUGUCGAUUUCCUGCGGGCUACCUGGGCCGCUUUUCGCUUUCGGGUGAACCUGGGAGCCGGUAAGACUGAGGCCCUAGUCCACCUCCAAGGACCGGGGGCUAAUGAGGCCAGGAAGGAACUCCUGUCGCCCGUUCCUCAGCUCUCCCUCACUGAUGGGCGGUGCAUUCGGGUUGUACCCGAGUAUAAGUACCUCGGGGUUGCCCAACGUUGCCGGGAUACCGGCCGCCGUGACAUCGAAGCCGCAGCAUCCCGAGGCAACGCCAUUUGGACCCAGGCUGCUGGCCUCGUGCAUUCUGACCAUCUCCCUUGGGUCCUGAAACUUGUGUGGCUCCAAGGGCGUACCCUCCCCGCCGCCUACUCAUCCCUCGCCACUACGCUUGCGCACUCCGAGCGGGCGUGGGGGCCUCUUCAAGGUUUCCUUGAUAAGUGCCUGCGCCAACUUGUCGGCGCCUGGGACGCCGGCCACCAUGUUGCCUCCGCUCAACUGCGGGCGUGUACGGGAGUGCUUGAUGUCGAGUGUGCCACUCUCAUCGCCAGAGUCCGUCUUCUCUGUCGCAUUGUGUCAGGCCGUUCGGCCGAGGUUUUUGACCUCUUUCAAGCCAGUUGGGAUCGCGGUGGAGAGUGGUCCUCACUCCUUGCUGACGCCGUCCGCAAGGUCUGGCCUGCAUGUGGCCUUCCCGACCUACGUGCUGGGGAGCCCACCUUGGAAGGAAUCCGCCGGCAUUCCAAAGCCAUUUUGGCUGCGUGUCGCAAGAUCAGCCGUUCUGGUACGAUGCUCCUUGCGCUCCACCGCGCUUGGCAUAGCCGUCAGACCCCUUCUCCCAAGAAGAUCAUCGGGGUUGCGGCCCCACAUGUUUGCCCCGAGUGUGGGGUGACUCUGCCCUCGGCCCAUGCUCUGGCGGCACACCUUCACCGUCUGCACGGACGUGUCGCACUCUGUACCCAGUAUACACUUGGCACCGUGUGCCUUUGGUGCCUCAUUGAAUUUCAUAACGCAGCGCGCCUCCGCUAUCACUUGCUCAACUCGCCUGCGUGUGAGCAUGGCUUACGCUGUUGUGUCGGGCCCGUCUAUGUGUAUGGCUCCGGCACCAAGCGUCGCGGCCAGCAAGGGCAUGCUCGGGCGCCGGUUUUUCGUAUUACUGGGCCAUGUAAUGCCACUCCAGCCCAGCGACGGGCUGCCGAAGAAGACAGAAACUGCACUGCAGAGGAGCUUGCUGCUGAGCUCCAUGCCUUGGCGCCUGGCCCUGGAUUUGCCGAAGGCGCAAGGUCUUCACCUGUUGUCCCUUUCCGCCGGGCUACCGAUCCGGCUGAGGGAACCCCUGUCCCUCCUACCGGUUGUGCACCAGUCGCUGUUGGCUUCCCUGCGGAUGCACAUGCUGCCUUCGAUGGUGUGAACCCCUCUAUUGAGGCCUCCGCGCCUCUCUCCCCGGCUCAGGUUCCUGCUCGUCAAUUCUCGGCCUUUUUCUUCGAUGAGUUUCCUGCCGAUUGCGAGCUUCGAGUCCCGUCCUGUCGCUGGUCUGGUCUUGCGCCAGGUCUCUGGUGUCUUCCUUGCAGUUGGAAUUGGUGUUGGCGCCUCUUUUGCGCUUUCGACAUGCGUCACCCUUGGUCUGGUGAUGUGUGGCGCCUGUCGGCCUUUCUUCGCCGUGAGGAGCGCCCCUCUGCCCUUCCACGGCUUCGUGGCCCUUCUGGAUUUGGCCAAGCAGCAGCCAGUCGCAUCCUUUUUCUGCGUCGGAUGUUGACUUUCCUUCAUCUCAUUCGCCAGCUUCAGCUCGGCGCUGUCCUUUGGAGCGCUCAGCCACUCCCCGGUGCCUUUUGGGACUUGCUGGGCCGUGUCGCACCUGCUGCGGUCGGUGCUUCGGCGGUCUCCGUGCUCGGCUUUGGUUCGGUCGUCAGCUUGCCGGGGGUUGUCCCCUCGGCGCUUGCUGCCCUCUCUGCCGGCUGCCUCGCCUCCGCUCUGCCGCGUCGCCUCGCCUUUCCGCAUCAGCUCCUUUCGGCGGGCUGA